ACAUCAACUUUCUUUUCUUCAACAUCACGCAUGUUACAUUCUGGUAAUCACAUUGUUACAAUUGGUGACCCCUACGCUAAAACAUGCUACAAUUAGGGACGCCGACGCUACAUAUAUACGACGGGUUUCUUUCAGCCUCCGUGUACCAAAUCCACUCAGAAGGCUUUUGUCGUCCCGAGGCUACAGAAGAUGACAUUUGCCCACUGUGCCACGCGGUGGGCUUGAAUCCAGAACCAUGUUGGUUAGAAAGCAACUUCUUACAACACUGCGACACCUGCGCCUACACACGCACGAUGAAACGUGGAAGAUUAGAUCUGGAAUGACCCCGAACCCUUAACUACCCAAUAGAUAAAUAAAGUCGAAUACAUCGAAUGAGUAAUUGCAUCUCUCUCCUGGGUAAAUAAGUAAUCGCCCAUAUCACUGGAUGGUUAGUGAUAAAGAAAAUAGCUAAAAUGAUAUAUUAAUAAGAUAAUGUAUUUGUUAUAUAAUUAAUAUGGAGAAUGAAAAAACGAACUGCUUAAAAAACGUAAACUUGUGGGUGAUUAUUAAAUUUAAUUAUAGUUUUCGUAAGUGCUAACACUCGAAAUCCACGAUCCUUGAGUUAAAUUGCCAAGUAAAGACCGAUUAUUGAUUAAUAAAAUAAAUUCAACUAGAGAUUUUUUUAAAUUUUUAGAUUCGAUUUUUAUAGUAGAGACAGCUUUUCCUGCUACACCGCAUAACAAAGCACCUGUACCAGACGAUUCAUGUAUAAUUCUGAAUAGAUUCUCACGAACGAAGAUGAAUGUACGCUCAUACAAUCAGAUUUAAAAAGAAACACAUGUGAAAAUGUUACGCUACCUCAGACGUCUUUUUCUUCGACAUCUUGUCAAUUACAAACUGCUCCUGCUCUGUAGUUUGGUUGUUGUUUGUUUUUUUUAUUUUCUCAAUUCUGACACUGUCCACGGAAAACAUCAAGUUUGGGACAUCAUCAAUACCACAGCAAAACUUAAACAACUUCUAUCAACAAAUAAGUGUAUCGUCUCCUGUCCACGGAACCAGUAUUCCUUCUAUAUCAAAUCAGGCGAAGGAAUUAAAUCAUAUCCAAUCAUAUGUUUCAACAACAAAGAGUACAUCAGUGCCAAACUGAAGAAUGCUCACCGUGGUAUCAACGGACUCUUUAUAAAUGGCAAAACAAAAGCUGUAACAGGGAUCCGAUAUUUUGAUACUUACAAUGAAGAUUAUUCAUUAAUCCGUUACCUGAAACGAACCUUACCAGAUGAGACAAUUGUAAUAUUCGCCAGCCAUGAUGAAAUGACAAGCAAUUUACGACAAGACUGUCGGAAUUGGCUGAGGAAAUAUGGCUCCAACUUAAUAGACAAGGCAAAUUUUCGUGAUAGCUUCAUUAUGAUUGGACAACGUGGUUUGAAGUCAGGACAUGCUAUAGAAUUUUUGAAGAGUAACAAGAAGAAUUUUGCUGGUGCCAUUGAGAAAAGUGGAUGCUUUGAUAUACCCUUGGGUCCCAUCCAGCCAGUCUCAUCGGUUGUCACGGAGAUACUAACAGGAGGAAGAAUUCUACAUGGAGAGAGUAUCGCAAACUGCGGCAUGGAAAAUGUUUGCCCAGACGACACUUUUUCGGUGCAUCUUUACACUGGGAAGGAGAAUCUGGACUAUCCCAAAAUAUGUGCCGAUGAAAGAUUAUUAAUGGCGAAAGGGCUGAAUCAUGCUGGUCGUGGAAUGAACAUUGUGGUCUAUGAUCCCCAGGCCAAGAAAGUUAAAUAUGUGGCCAACUUUGAUACGUACAAAGAAGGUAAGGUGCCAUUGUUGUUGUGGCAUUAUUAUUACAAUGUACACGGUGACAGUGUGUCUGUUUUAAAUCUGUUGUUUGCAGGUGUCGUAUCCAAUACAGGAGAAAGUAACUGCGUUGUUAAAUCAACAGAAUACAGUGUCUGCAAGUUGAUGAGUACCUCAUAUUCCCCUCCAUUUUCUUAUUGCAUUAUAAUGUAUAUAUAUUUCAGGCUUGGUCAAAAUGCCAGGCAGCUAUUGAAUGAAUAUGGCAGUAGUAUGAUCCAAAAUCUCAAAUUUCGAGAUGUUUGGUAUUUCAUCGGACAGAAGAAAAUCGAAGGAUUCUCAACAUUUGAACAGAUUAGUUAUGCCAAACCUGACAGUGGAUGGCCAAACAGUCUACAGUUGUUUGCUUGUGUUCCACUUAAAUUGCAAGGAACAAAAGUAAGACCUGAUCCAAUGGCCUACAGAAAUGACCAGAGGCGAGAAUUUUGUGCCAAAUAUGAAGGAUAUGUGGACUUCUGUGACAUUGGACAUAUUGAUGACCUUAUCAAGCCUGUAUCACUUGUCUAUAGCAACUUCAAGGGACAUAAGAUAUUCUCAACCCCAAUUGUUAUUAUACCUGGUAUUAACCAUAAUGCUGUGGUGAACACAUUCCAAACCAUUAUCAUGCAGUGUGGUUUGAACCCCAAAAUGGUUUUGGUUUGCUGGGAUGAGAAAUUCCAGGAAUAUUCUGAACUGGCUGAACUCUUUGGUUUCCAGAAUCGGUCCCUGACUAGCAGCACUAAAUAUACAGAUGUUAUGAUGAAAGCUAUUGAUAUGGCCUGGAAUGUAUUCCCAGACAGCGAUCAUAUCAUCUUUAUUGAAGAGGAAUUGCUGUUGUCUCCAGACUUCCUAUUCUUUAUGGCUCAGUCAAUGCCAAUAUUGGAACAAGAUUCUUCGUUGUUAGCCAUUUCUGCUUGGAACUAUAAUGGAUAUGAGACUACCUCAGAGAACAGUUCCCUGCUGUACCGAGUGGAAGAUUUUCCAAGUCUGGGGUUUAUGUUGAAGAAGGAAGUUUACAAGAAGUAUAUGCAAGGAAAACUGGACGCUUGCUGCAAUAAACGAAUUUGGGAUGGUUGGCACAUUCAGAACAUAAGUGAGGGUGAAGUCAUUAUUCCUGAUGUGUCUCGGGUCUACAGACAACCAUUCCUCACUGCUACCAAUGAUGAAGAUUAUGUGAAGACAUUGUUUCAUCAACCUCGUGCUACCAAUUUGGAACAAAAGGUGAAGCUGUUCAAUGUUAACUCCCUCGGAAAGAAUGAAUAUGAAAUGGAGAUUCUAAAAUUAUUACGGAACAGUGAACCCCUCACAGAAGCAUUCUUUCAGGAAUGUUUAAAAAAUUCUGCAACGCAGACUCGUUUUCAAUUCCCCAAACAAAGGCAGUUUUAUUCUGUGUACUAUGCACAGGAAAAUGCCGCAGAUUUUACGGUUUUGACUAUUCUUACUAAAUGCUUUGGCCUCUCCAUGCAUGACAAACGCAAACCAAAUGGAUUACACAAAGGUCUCUUAAGAUUCACCCACCAAGGUUACCAGCUGUCUUUUGUUGGACAAUAUUCCAGUUAUUUCUAUCUCAAGUCAAUCUCUGUUACACUCAUUACUAAAGAAGCUCUCAUUAAUCCUCCAACAUAACACACACACACACACACACACACACUCACACACAAUAUACAUAUCUCUCUAUAUAUGUAUAUAUAUAUGUAUAUAGAGAGAGAGAUAUAUUGGGUUGGUGCAUAAUUAUUGUGGCUUUUUGUCAAUAAAUUUUAUUCAACAAAAACAAUAACAAUAUUAUUUGACAAAAAUAUCUUCAAAUGACGGUCUGAUCGUCUGCCAAGCAAACCGGAAGCAGUAAUUGAAGAAGAUGGUGAAUAUGCUGCGGAAUAAUCAUUCAAAGAUGUUUUUGUUACAUGUUGUUAUUGUUUUUGUUGAAUAAAAUUUGUUGUAAAAAGAAGCCGCAAUAAUUAUACACCAACCUAAUAUAUACAUCUGUAUAUACAUUUGUGUG